AUGCCUCUCGUCGACAACGACCAGAUCAAGGCGGCCACCCUGCACAAUCCGCUGCCACUGUCGCUGCACCUCUACGUCUGGCCCUUCCUCAUCGUCUGGCCGCUCUUCCUCUCCGUUUACCUAUCGCCCUCCCAGUACGAGAAGCACAUCCAGUCCUCCGAAUGGACCUUCGUAUGGUGCGGCUCCAUCAUCACCGUCCAGUCCCUCAUCUGGCUCAGCACCCACUGGAGCGUUGAUCUGAAGGCCCUGUUUACCGCGACCAAGGCCAAAGAUGUCCGCAGCGCCACUCUCAUCAAAGUCCACCCCAUUGCCAACGCCGGCGCCGCUGAGAUCUGCCCGCUGAAGCGCGACAAUGUUGGCGGCAAGCAGAACAUCUCCUUUCUCUUCCAGAAGCGCCGCUUUCUCUACGAUUCCGAGAAGAAUUCGUUUGCGACUGUGUCCUAUUCAAUCGACGCCGAGCCGAAGCCCGUCAUCAGCGCCUUCCAGAGCUCGCGUGGCCUGACCAGCCCCGCCGAAGUGCAGCGCAUCCACGAGCACUAUGGCGACAACUCGUUCGACAUCCCCGUGCCGACCUUCCUCGAGCUCUUCAAAGAGCACGCCGUCGCGCCAUUCUUCGUAUUCCAGGUCUUCUGCGUUGGCUUGUGGAUGCUGGACGAAUACUGGUACUAUUCUCUCUUCACUUUGUUCAUGCUGGUCGCCUUCGAGAGCACCGUCGUGUGGCAGCGCCAGAGGACGUUGAACGAGUUCCGUGGCAUGAGCAUCAAGCCGUACGAUGUUUGGGUCUUCCGCGAGGACAAAUGGCAAGAGAUUGAAAGCGACAAGCUGCUGCCUGGCGAUCUCGUCUCGGUCGAGCGCACCAAAGAGGACAGCGGCGUAGCAUGCGACAUGAUUCUGGUCGAGGGUACCGCCAUCGUAAACGAGGCGAUGCUGUCCGGAGAGAGUACCCCCGUCUUGAAGGACUCCAUCCAAUUGCGCCCAGGCAACGCUCACCUCGAUCCCGAAGGUCUGGACAAAAACGCACUGCUGUGGGGUGGCACCAAGGUCCUCCAAGUCAGCCACGGAAAUCCUAGUGAAGACGCCCCCGAUGCCAUUCCCCGUCUCGCCUCCGGCAUCCCCCCGCCACCCGACAAGGGCGCGGUUGCUGUUGUGGUCAAGACCGGAUUCGAGACGAGCCAAGGUAGCCUCGUGCGGACCAUGAUUUACUCGACAGAGCGCGUUUCUGCCAACAACGUUGAAGCCCUGCUUUUCAUUCUUUUCCUGCUCAUCUUCGCCAUCGCCGCGUCUUGGUACGUCUGGCAGGAGGGCGUGGCUAAAGAUCGCAAGCGAUCAAAGCUCCUCUUGGAUUGCGUCCUUAUCAUCACCAGCGUGGUUCCGCCGGAGCUACCUAUGGAAUUGAGUUUGGCUGUCAACACGAGUCUUGCUGCCCUCAGCAAGUACGCCAUCUUCUGCACCGAACCGUUCCGCAUUCCUUUCGCCGGCCGCGUCGAUGUCGCCUGCUUUGACAAGACCGGUACUCUGACCGGCGAAGACCUUGUCGUCGACGGCAUUGCCGGCCUGACUCUUGGACAGCCAGAAGCUAAGGCUGAGGCUGAUGGUGCUCAGACUCAGCUGGUGCCAGUCAACCAGAUCGGCCCUGAUUCCACCUUGGUCCUCGCCACGGCUCAUGCUCUGGUCAAACUUGACGAAGGAGAGAUUGUGGGCGAGCCCAUGGAGAAGGCAACUCUGCAAGCUCUUGGGUGGGUACUUGGUAGGCAGGAUACUCUCACCAACAAGAUUGGCCGUACGAGCGUCGCCGAGCUGGUUCAGAUCAAACGCCGUUUCCAGUUUUCCUCGGCCCUCAAGAGACAGAGCUCUGUUGCUACCGUCUUGGCGACGAACCCAAAGUCCGGAAAGAAGACGAAGCACACCUUUGUUGGCGUAAAGGGAGCUCCGGAGACUAUUCGUAACAUGCUGGUCACCACCCCGCCCAAGUACGAGGAAACCUACAAGCACUUCACUAGAAAUGGCGGUCGUGUGCUCGCUUUGGCAUACAAACGCCUUUCCACCGAAGACGAGAUCAGCCAGAAGAGAAUCAACGACCUGAAGCGCGAGGAGGUUGAAUCAGAGCUUCACUUCGCUGGUUUCCUAGUCCUCCAGUGCCCACUCAAGGAUGACGCAAAGAAGGCGGUUCAGAUGCUCAAUGAGAGCAGCCAUCGUGUGGUUAUGAUUACCGGUGACAACCCUCUCACUGCUGUCCAUGUGGCUCGCCAAGUGGAGAUUGUUGAUAGGGACUGCUGGAUCUUGGAUGCUCCCGAGAACGACGACUCCGGCAAGAAUCUUGUUUGGAGAAGCAUUGAUGACAAGGUCAACAUUCCGGUCGACCCCACUCAAGAGCUUUCCCGAGAGAUUCUCGACACAAAGGACGUCUGCGUCACGGGAUACGCUCUCGCCAAGUUCAAGGAUCAGAAGGCAUGGCAUCAGCUCCUCCGCCACACCUGGGUCUAUGCACGCGUUUCCCCCAAGCAGAAGGAAGAAAUCCUUCUCGGGCUGAAAGACGCAGGUUACACCACUCUCAUGUGUGGUGACGGUACGAACGACGUGGGUGCGCUGAAGCAAGCCCACAUCGGUGUGGCUCUUCUCAACGGUACGAAGGACGACCUGGACAAGAUUGCGGAGCAUUUCAGGACCACGAAGAUGAAGGAGGUGUAUGAAAAGCAGGUGUCUCUCAUGCAGCGCUUCAACCAGCCUGCUCCUCCAGUGCCGCCCAUGAUUGCACACCUGUAUCCUCCUGGACCGUCGAACCCGCACUAUGAGAAAGCGAUGAAGCGUGAGCAGGACAGGAAGAUCAGCAAAGGCAUCAUGGCUGCUGAAGAAGCUGCAAAGGCAAACGGAGCUACUGCGCCGACGUCGAGUGCAGUUGCGGCGCCGCCGAACGAGACGCCUGCGCAGAGAAACCAGCGUCUCGCCCAAGAGAAGGCACAGAGCCUCGCGGAUAAGUUGCAGAUGUCAAUGAUGGAGAACGAGCUGGACGACAGCGAGCCGCCGACGAUUAAGCUCGGAGACGCAUCCGUUGCCGCGCCCUUCACCAGCAAGCUGGCCAACGUCAUCGCUAUUCCCAACAUCAUCCGCCAGGGACGCUGCACCCUUGUUGCUACGAUUCAGAUGUACAAGAUCCUAGCUUUGAACUGUCUCAUCAGCGCAUACAGCUUGAGUGUCCUCUACCUAGACGGCAUCAAGUUCGGCGACGGACAGGUGACGAUUAGCGGUAUGAUGAUGAGCGUCUGCUUCCUGUCCAUCUCUCGGGCCAAGCCCGUCGAGGCGCUUUCCAAAGAGCGUCCGCAGCACAACAUCUUCAACAUCUACAUCAUCGGCUCUGUCCUCGGCCAGUUUGCCAUCCACAUUGUUACUCUCAUCUACAUCUCCCAAUACGUGCAGCGCACGGAGCCAAAGAGCGACGACGUGGAUUUGGAGGGCGAGUUUGAGCCAUCUCUCCUCAACAGCGCCAUCUACCUGCUGCAGCUGAUUCAGCAGAUUUCGACGUUCGCGAUCAACUACCAGGGUCGGCCGUUCCGGGAAUCGAUCCGCGAGAACAAGGGCAUGUACUACGGCCUCGUUGGCGUGGCAUUUGUUGCCUUCUCGUGCGCGACAGAGUUCAUUCCCGAAAUCAACGAGAAGCUGCGCCUGGUUCCUUUCACGACCGAGUUCAAGAUGACAAUGACGGUGGUCAUGCUCAUUGACUAUGUGGGAUGCUGGGUCAUUGAGAAGACGCUGAAGUAUUUCUUCAGCGACUACAAGCCCAAGGACAUUGCCGUACGCCGCAAGGACCAGAUUGAGAGGGAGGAGGCCAGGAAGAAGCUAGAGGCCGAGGAGGCGGAGAGGAAGAAGGAGCAGUAG